AAAUGGAAUGUAAAGUGUGUGGUAAAGAAAAAUGCAACGAGAUGAGGUGGACCACCGACCAUCAGAAGAACAGCGUGCAAAGGAGCGUGAUUCAUCGACGGACAGUAGCGGUGGCGGUAGUGACGAAGACGAUGACAGUGAGCAAACCUACGUACCCAAUAAUCCACACCAGUGGAAUGCCGAGCACGUGACGGCGUGGAUUUGUUGGGUUUCGAAAAAUUUUCAUAUUUAUCCACCACUUGAACCGGCUCGAUUUCCCCAAACUGGGCAAGAAAUUGCACAAUUUACGAAGGCGGACUUUUGGGUGUGUGCCGGUAGUGCGGCCGGUGGCAAUACGCUUGCGAAACAUUUUGACCAUCUUAUCCGAACCGGAACCGGUGGGAACGAUGGACAGGAGCUAGCAAACGACAUUGAUCCAGAACCAUAUCAAUUACUUAAUGCUGCAUCUCAUAGACUAGUUUCUCAGGGUGGUCAAAUACAGCUGUGGCAGUUUCUGUUAGAGCUACUGGCUGACUCAACAAACGCACCUUGUAUCUCCUGGGAAGGCACGAACGGAGAAUUUAAAUUAUCCGAUCCGGAUGAAGUAGCCCGCCGCUGGGGAGAACGCAAAGCGAAACCGAACAUGAAUUACGAUAAGCUUAGCAGAGCCUUAAGAUACUAUUACGAUAAGAACAUCAUGACAAAAGUGCAGGGCAAGCGGUACACGUACAAGUUUGAUUUUCACGGUCUAAUGGCAGCCUGUCAGGCGCAAGCACAACUUACUGAUACCGGUACCAGCAGUGCGACCAUUCUUUCCGCCUGCGGUUCGUACGGAUCGAGUCCAGCAUCAUCCUCCACGUCCUCGAUGAAAUCGCCCACCAACGCCUCCAGUCCAACGCAGUCGCAUCAGUACACUGCCGUGUGCCAUACGGCGACGCCAGUCAGUAUACCGACGGCAUCGAAAAGCACCAGUAGCAGCAGCGCACUGUCCAACAGCAGCUGGCUGCCUUACAGUAGUGGCACGUACACUAAUCUGCUCGUUCCUACAAGUCACCCUACUUCUAUUACUACUACCUCAACCAGUGCACCAGUGGUGGCAGUGCAAUCGAUUCCUUCUGCUCCCCCAGUUCCAACGUCCGCAUCCAGCUCGCCCGACACGAUCAGCUUUGCGGAUGCUGUGUCCUCGCAACUUCGCUAG